AAAAAUGGCAAAAAAAUCCAUAAAUUGCUCAAAUUGACUCUCUCUCUCUCUCUCUCAUUUCUUCAUUCAUCUUUUUUUUAAAACCCAAAAAAGCUUUAUAUGUUGUUCUUCACCAAUCAGUAAUCACUCUACUCACUACUCUCUCUUCUGUCCCUUUCCUUUUACGGGGAAGCAUGCAAUCAAAGUCCAAAAGUGCAAUCUGCCGGGAAGCCAGAACUUUUAAUGUUCCGAAUUCCAUUGUAUAUUCUGAACCUUGGUGGAAUACUGCUGGCUAUAAUCCUGUUUCUCUGGGAUUGAUGCGGGAAUGUGCAUCAGAUUCGUCAUCACGGGAACAAUCUGUGGAUGGCCGAUCACAAUCUGAUGGUGGAGCCAAGGAGGAAGAUGAUGAUGCUCCUGAAAACUCACAAAGUACCAUACCUAUGCAUUCAGAUGGGGAAAGGAGUUAUCCGCAAGUUGAUCAAAAUUUACAGCCAAUUGCAUCAACCAUACCUCCAAAGGGUGAUGGGAUCCAAAUACAUCCCGGACAGCUUGAACCUGUUAUGCACUCAAUAGCUUGUGCUCCAAAUCUAUAUGCUGACCUGUACUACGGGGGGAUGAUGACACCUUUUGGUCAGCCUAUGGUAUGCAUGUGGUUUGAAUUCUGAAGUCAACGUCCAUUUUUUUAGUAUUUUCCUCUGUACACUUGUCUAAAUAAUUAAGAGGACUGCGUGCACCCCACCCUCCCCAGACCCCACUUGUGGGAUCACACUGGGUAUGUUGUUGUUGUAGAGGACAAUUUACUUUUCUGCCAAUUUUAACUAUGAUGCCUCUGGACUGCUCAAGUGUAUUAUGUCCUUAUGGAUAUCAAACAUAGAAAUCAAUCGCAAAAAAUAGAAAUAAAAAAGAUAUCGAAACAUGAUAUCUGCUUCUAUGUGGUUGUACAAUGUGUCUUUUGGAAACUACUAAAGCAUACUCUUUACUCUUUCCGUUGAAGUAAAAGAUU